UUGCGGAUGGUCUUCGAAUAAUUAAACUGGACAUUCCUAAAAACGUUCGAUUGGCUAGAGAAGUUACACUUAGUUGCAUGUACGAUUUGGAAGAGGACAACCUCUAUUCUGUGAAGUGGUACAAGGACGACCUAGAAUUCUUCCGUUACGUGCCCAAGGAAAUACCACAGAGACAAUUCUUUCCCUUAGAUGGGAUUAAUAUUGACUUUACCCGUUCCAAUAAGGAUGUAGUGUACAUUCAGGAUGUGCAGAUGUCGACUGGAGGAAGGUACAGGUGCGAGGUGUCUGCUGAUGCUCCAUCAUUUAGGACCGUGUCCACAGAAAAAGUAAUGACAGUUAAUGUUGAAACUGGAAGAGCCGUGCGAGGACAGUGUAACUUUAAAGCAAUGACGGUCUUAGUCCUCAUUACUACGGUGUUUGGAAGAAGAGUUGAACAUUCAGUACAUUGUUAAUAAAAGAAAGGGGGCCGUUUUACACUCCUAACUAAUUAAAAACACGUCAGCAUAGAACUAAUAAUGUAAUGAUGCCUUCCUUUAAAAGUAUGUCGUGUUAAAAAAAUGUAGUUACUACAACAAAACAUGCGCGCUUGAAUAACUUAUUUCUUCCAUUUUUCAUUGUGUUUAUAAUGUCACGUGGUGUUACAAUAUCCUAAAACUAAAGUUUGUAAAUUGAACAAAAACAACAUUCAUUCUAAGCCUGAUACACAUUCUUCACCACACUAAAACAAAUGGAAAGAAAACCAAGAACUUUUAUACUAUAUGGAUUAA